AAGAAAGAAAUAUAACUUUUUUGAAUUCACAAAAAAGCUUAAUUAUUGUCGUUGAAAUCAUCAUCAAUUUUCUUUUUUCCAACUGCAAUCGUUUCUUUUUUUUAUUCAACAUACAACCCUUUCCAGUCUUUUUAAAAUAAAAAAAGAACAACAACAACAACAUGCGUACCGCCUUCCUUUGUCUCGCAGCUCUUGCUCAAUUUGCUCUUAAUGCUGCAGCAGAACCAAUUACUAUCCCACUUUAUAAACGUACUGAAGAAGGUGCUAUUUAUAAGGCUGCUGGUAAAGCCCUCGACAACGGUGUGCUUGCUGGUAAAGUAAAGAUUGGUUCACCACCUCAAGAGUUCGUCUUUGCCUUUGACACCACGACCGGCUAUUCUUGGGUUCGUGGUUCUACAUGUAAAACUAAGAACUGCCGCGGUAGAUGCACUUAUUAUUCUACAAAGUCUGACGAUGCUGUCUCUACUGGCAAGAAAUUCUCUGUAAACUAUGGUGACUCCUGUGUAGAUACUCACAUCUAUCAAGAUACUUUUGAAUUCGCUGGUCUCAAAAUUAAAGACUUCCCAUUCGGUGGUGCCUACAGAAUGAAUGGUUUUGCUUCUGGCUUUGAUGGUUACCUCGGUCUUGGCCGUAAUGUUGACUGGAACGAAACCAAGGUUACCUCUUCUUCUGCCAACAGCUUGGCCAAGCGUGACGCCCUUCCCGACUCUGCCUUUGUUCCUAACGCCUUCCAACAAGGAGCUGGCAUCUCUAGUGCUCAAUUUGGUAUGUACACAACCAGCUCCAGCAGUGGAUUCGAUCAAUCUGGAACCGUGAACAACGGUGCCACCAACUCAACCGUCACCAAUACACCUUCUACUCCUUCUACCAGCACAGGCACUGUUACCUCUGGUGGUUUUGGUACAAUCACCAAACGUAACAACGUCAAAGAAGAAGAAGAAAAUCCCGCUGGUUACCUUGUCAUCGGUGGUGUUGAUACUAGUGCCAUCGACGGUGAUGUCAGUUACAUUCGUUUAGCUGACGACCCUGAUGCCAAAGCCAAGAACUGGGAUCUCUGUAUCCGUCAUGCAAGCUUUGGUCCCUUACGAUUGGAUCAAAAGGCAAGAGCACUUGCUUCUAUCAGUACUUCUACUAGUGUUAUUGCCAUGCCCCCUGAUCAAGCAGAUGCUUUCCAUGCCAAGUUUGGUGGUUAUUAUGAUGAAAAGACAAAGGUGUACAAUAUUAAAUGUUCAGAAGCCAAGAAGCUCCCUCCUCUCAAGAUGACACUUGAAGACCAUAUUGUUGAACUUCCUGCCAAAUAUUGGACUGGUGUCGUCGAUGCUGAUCGUGAUUGCUGUUCUACCAAAAUUACACGUGGUUCCUCUGACCGUGAUUGGGUCCUUGGUACUAGUUUGACCAAUGCAUUCUAUACUACUUUUGACCCUGAUACUGAAACUGUUGGUUUUGCCAUCAAGAAGGGACAUUCUGAUGAUGGUCUCAGAGUGUACAAGAAGUCACAUUAGAUUGAAGACACAGCCUGAUGUUUUAAUGAAAAUAAAAUGGGAAUCAUUUUAUUUUUUAAUAUUCUUUCUUAUUCCCCCCUUCUUCCCUUUGUUAUUUGAUUUUAAUGUGGAUUUACCCUCAAUGUUGGACUUAUCAGAGAACAAUAGACUUAUAAAUUACCUUUCAAUAAAAACAAGUGUGCUUCCUUGUAUUCUAUUCAAUGUUACUUCCCCUUACUUUUUAUAGAUCACGCUAAUUACACAAGUAGAACAAAAAGUAUGCCGGGGAAAUCAAGGUGUUUCUUA